AUGUCUCCUUCAACGUCUACAUCCCAGCCACCACCACAACCACAACCACCUUCGGAUGACCCGAAUUCGUCGAGAUUACAUAAAGCCAAAGUCAACUUGACUUACCUUGCAUUAGGUUCUCAGGCAGCUGUGGUUCCUGCUUCAUUAACUACUAGGUCAGCAUUGACGACCGCGAGAUACGCCAUAAAAUACAUUAUAAGACGAUUGAUUCGAUAUGCCAAAUACGCAGCGGUGGGAGCAGCGGUAGCUGCUAUUGGAGGCGGUCUGUUAGGUACGAUAGGAAGUGGGUUGGCAUUCUUCGCUGCUCCUUCUAUAGGUGUGGGGAUGGGUCUGGGGGUGAUAACUGGUAUCGUCAAGUUCGGUUGGAGACAUCGCGGCAACCAUUUCAGAGGUGGUAUAUGGGAAGGAUGGUCAGGUAUGAGAGCUCGAGCGGAAGCUGGACAUGAUGGUGCGCAGGACGAGGCUUUGGACGCAGCGUACAGGGAAGAGGAAAGGAGGAAGGCCGAGAAUAAAGCUACGAGAGCGGAUGUUUGGAUGAGGGUGUAG